AUGACCGUUUCAAAGGAUCUAAUCUCGAAAUUCCUCUUCAAACUCUCUCCAUUUUUUCGUGUGACCAUCGUGCUGAGUGGAGCCAUUCUCAUUCAUUUAACCCUUGGCACAUAUCAUACUUUUGGUAACAUGCUUCCCUACAUGGCUUCUUAUAUGCGCAACUACACCGAUCCCAAUGUCCGAAUCGAGCGCUUAAUGUGGAUACCGAUGUUGCAAGGUUGUUUCCCAUUCGCGAUGGUGAUCGGUGGGGCUUUGUCACUGAAGUUCGGCCCGAGAAUGGCUGCGUUUAUCGGAUGCACGAUUUGCACUUGUGGUGUGUACCUCUCCUCGAUGUCCAUCCAGCAUUCACUGCCCGCUUUCACGCUCACAUACGGGCUGAUGUUCGGACUGGGUGAGGGAAUCGGCUACGUCGUUGCCGUCACCUGUGUCAUCAAUUGGGCACCCGACCGAGUCGGUUUGGUUUCGGGAAUCGUGGCGGCUGGCUUCGGCGUCUCGUCGUCGAUCUUCGCUCCGAUUCAAACGGCAUUGGUCAACCCAUGGAACUAUCCAGCAACAAAAGAAGGAUAUUUCCCUCAAGAAGAUCUUUUGAAAAGGGUUCCGAAUGUCUUCGUCAUUUUGGCGAGUGUCUACACGGUGAUGCAAUUAAUUGGCCUCGUUGUCAUUUGUGAUCCACCAGAAGUGUUGCAAUCAUCGGGCCUCAGCGGUUCAUACAGUCGCUGGUUUCCCGGGGGUCUUCUUGGCCCGAAAGGUGGCUCGGGGAGAUUCUCGAGUAUACGGUACACAGCUGUCGCCCGAAGCGACACCGACGCUCAACCAUUGAUUACGGAUUCGACCCGACACCGAACGCAAAGUGGAAGUUCUGAGGAAAGAGUGCUUUCGAGUGAUGAAGAUGAUGAACAAAAGCCUCCACCACCGCCCUCGUUAGAACCAUUGGAGAUGUUGCAAAGCUCGACGUUCUACUUUCUUUUCGGCGCACUCUUUUGUUGCAGCUUCUACGCGAAUAUGUUCUACAAUUUGUACAAGGUAAGUGUUUUUGAAAAUCGAGAGGAA